CCGCCCCCGGGCGGCGGGCGGGGAGUCCGAAGCUCCGCACUAGACUUGCGGGCGCGGGACCUGACCCGGAAAAUAAACGUGGGAGGCUGCGGGCCCAGGGGCGGCGCCUACCUGAGACAGGACAGUUCAACAGCGCCGGCAUCCUCGCUUCCGCCCGCCUGGACGUGGGGGGAUGGGGCCCGGGCUAACCCUCUGGCGGGUCGACAUCCGCCUCUGAGCACAAUCCCGCCCCUCCGGGGAGCCUGGGCUCUGGCUCAGGAGGGGUUUCCGUUCUCCGGCAGGUGGUUUCAGGCUUCAGCCAGAUCACUCCUGGGGCAGCCGCGGGGCAUGCACAGCCUCCCGCUGGGGCUCACCCCCACCCCCACCUAGGCAGGGCUUCCCAGCAGGGGGCACAGACCCAAUUUCCUGUGCCCCCAACACAGCCUCUCUACCUGAAUUCAGUGGGUGAAUCAGCUUCAGCUGGGGUGUGACUGCUUCUUGGUGUGGAAGCAACCCGGGGGUGGCGGAGGGUGCUCCUCUGAGCUGCUCCAGCACCUCCCUGACCUUGUCUGCUUCUCGCCCCCGAGGGGGAUUAGUGUCCAGGUUACCCCACCAUGCUGCCGCUGUCAGUGGCCUUGCCACCCCCACAGCCUUCAGGUAUAAGACCAGGUAAACACAAUAGGGGAGGAACUGAGGAUGGAGAUGCUCCAGGGGCUGCUACUGUGGCUGCUGCUGAGCAUGGGUGGGGUGAGGGCAUCCAGGGGGCCACUGCGGCCACCGUGCCAGCCCAUCAACGCCACCCUGGCUGCGGAGAACGAGGCCUGCCCUGUCUGCAUCACUUUCACCACCAGCAUCUGUGCUGGCUACUGCUUCAGCAAGAUGCGGGUGCUGCAGGCCGCCCUGCUGCCCAUGCCCCAGGCAGUGUGCACCUACCAAGAGCUGCGCUUCGCCUCCAUCAGACUCCCUGACUGCCCACCUGGCGUGGACCCCACAGUCUCCUUCCCCGUGGCCCUCAGCUGUCACUGUGGACCCUGCCGCCUCAGCAGCUCCGACUGUGGGGGCCCCAGAGCCCAGCCCUUGGCCUGUGAACGCCCCCCUCUCCCAGGCCUCCUCUUCCUCUAAGGACCUACCACCCAUGCCUGCCCUGACUCCUGGAGCCAGCAGCUGCUCCUCCCCUCCUCUCAAUAAAGGCUUCUGGA